AUGCAUAACCGGCUUUCCCUAGAAGAUCUCAUCACCCGCUCCAUCUUCCUCACACACACGUCAGUCGUGUCUCGAAAGCUUGCCCGGUCCCUCGUGUCGAUCCGCCUGUCCCGUCGUCUAGCCGCUCGCCCCUCCCCGGAGGCACUAGUCCAGCGUGCAGUGUUGCCUCCGGAAUGCGUCCCCGGCAUGGCAACUGUACACGUCGUCCCCGGUCUGGUGGCCAAGCGCAGGGCCAUUGAGAGGGAAAGAGUCAGGGAUGGUCUCAGGCGGUGGAUUGCUGCCAAGUGGCGUGGGGAGGUACAAGAGCGAGAGGAGAGGGCUCGCCACCGAGACGAGGUACGUGGCGUCGGCCGGGUCUGGCGACUUACUCGAUUUUGGGAGCAGGUUGGUCGUGAUGAGCAUCGUCUAGCCAUGCGUUAG